CCGGAGUGGAGAAAAGACGCGUCGCGCGGUGCUGGGAGAACCGGAGGAAAACGGCAGGAAUAAUGAAGCUCGGCCGCCAUGUCUAAAGCGACGGUGAAGAAGCUGCACUGGCGCUCGAAGGUGCAGGAGAGCUUCGUCCCGCUGGGCGGCGGCUCCGGAGAGCUGGGCCUGGCCAUCGGGGGCGGGGCCGACUACGGAGAGUUCCCAUUCGUCACAGCGGCCCACGGGGGCGGGGCCACCGUGGGCGACAUCAUCUUAGAGAUCGGGGGGACGCCCGUGUUAGGGAUGACCCUCGGGGAUGUCAGAGGAGUCCUCAACUCCUGUCCUCAUCCAAUCAGGAUCAAGACCGUGUCACCAGGUUCGUCCCUCUGUAAGGACCUCAGGUUGUACCUCAGUAAGUGUUUCACGCCGGGCUCCAUGGACAGUCAGCUGCAGCAGCUCAUCAGAGAGAACCUGUACCUGCGAGCUGUCCCCUGUACGACCAGGCAGCCCCGGGACGGGGAGAUCUCAGGUGUGGACUACAACUUCGUUUCCAUCGAGGAGUUUUUCUCUCUGGAAGAGUCUGGAGCUCUGCUGGAGAGCGGCAAGUUCAAAGGGAACUACUACGGGACGCCGCGGCCCGUCCACAUCGGCCUGGAGAGUCCACCGAUCACGUACCAGGAACACCGGAACCUGCUGAGGAACUUCAGGACGAGAAGCAAAUCUCUGAGCAACCUGGAGAAAGCUGUGGAGGAGGGAGACAACAGCGAGGAGGACAGCGGGCUGUCAGCAGGUUCAGCCGGAGUGCCGCCCACCAUCAUACCUCUUAGCCAAUCAUGGGAGUCGGCGGUGGGGAGUCGGGAGGGAUUGGAAAAUGGAGGAGGAGGAGGAAGAGGAGUAGGGAGAGGGAGAGGAAGAGGUCCGCUGCCUGAAAACUGGGAGCUGGCGUUCAGUGAUACAGGAGAGCCGUACUACAUUGAUCAUAUCUCAAAGACAACCAGCUGGCUGGAUCCUCGAACUCUGAACAUGACUCCCUUUACAGAACUCCCAGAGUUCACGGAGCAGCCUGGUCAGCUGAAGGGUUACUCCAUCCACACCCGGCUGUCUAAAGGUCCUCGAGGUUUCGGCUUCAACAUCGUCGGAGGAAGUCGACCCAGAGAGUUUCUACAGGUGUACAGUGUCACACCUGGAGGACCGCCAGCAUUAAACACAGCGGACAUCCUGGUCUACAUCAACGAGAGCUGUGUGUUGGGUCGCUCUCAUAAAGAGGUGGUGGAGAUGCUGAAGUCGGUGCCGAUGGGCCAGAGUGUGGACGUGGUGCUGAGGAGAGGAUACCCGAUGCUUUAUAACCCUGAUGGAUGUCCCAAACAGAGUCUGGACACGCCACAGACUCCCAGCGAGCCCCCCAACCCCCCCAAUGUGAACCGCGGCCUGACACACCUCACCUACAGCCGAACGCUGGACGCCAACGGCAGCACGCCAGGACUGGGCCACACCCCGCCCUCCUACGCUGCUCUGCCAAUGACGAACGGGCUAACGAGCCCACCAACCCCCACUUCCUCUGACCCCCCACUGGGUCCACCACCCCUUCCAGAGAGGACAUCAGUCGCCAAUCACAGCGACUCUGAUGGCGGCCUGUCCAGCGCUGGAACACGAAGGUCUUCUCUGAUUCACUACAACAGCAGCACUCUCCCCGCCCUCUCAUCCACCUCCCUCCUUCACCAUCAGAGCUCUAAGUCUUCAGAGAGCGACCUGUCCACGUCGACACUCCCCAUCAACUCCUCAUCCUCCCACACUCUGUCCAAACUGCAACUCUCUCAGCCAGAGAUGGGCCUCCUCCAGAACUCCACCAGCCCCACCAACGCUAACAACCCCGCAUCCUCCACACCUCCUGGCGCUCCUGUGCAGCGCCCGCCAAUGCCACAGACAUCCCUCGCCCUGACCCCACCCAGAGACGUACCAUCCUGCGGCUUUAAUGGCUGUCCAGCCAAUCACCAAGCGCCCUCCCCAGCCUCCCGAGGAAACCCAGGGCUGGCGCUCCCCCUCGGGGCAGGGUCGCCCGGGUCAGCUCCUAGUGGGGAACUUGUACCGGUGGCCCUCGGGCGCAGCGAGAGUGGUGGGGUGGGGUUCAGUGUGACAGCGGGGGGGCAAGGAGGUCAGCUGGCUGUGGUGAGGCGGGUUUGGGAUCGAAGGCACUGCCCCUCGCUGCAGGCGGGGGACACUAUAGUGAAGAUCAACGGAGCAGACGUACAGAGCUUCAGCUUCUCCCAGGUCCAGAGAAUCCUGCAAGAACACACCAAACAGGGAGAGGUGGUACUACUGGUCUACAGAGGAGGUCCCAUGAUUUCCCCAGUCGUCACCCCCAACCUCUACAAGCCCCUCCCCUCCCCACAUGGCCUGGCCACCCCUUCUUCCUCCAAACCCCCGACUUCAGCCGAGUUGCCUUCCCCGUCCACGGGUGCCUUGGUGGGGGGCGUUCCUCCACUCAGCCAGGCUGGCUUGGUCCUGGAGAGCCCCCAGGAGGGGCACCAACCAGCACCGGUGAACCACCAAGGGGCCUCUUCUGCGCAGGCGUCUAACGGGCCCCCAGCCUCGGCCCUCAUCCAGAGCACCAGCUUCCUGGACUCAGUUCCUGUGACGCUAACCUUAGAGCCACGUGAUUUGCUGGGAGUGGAAGAGAGCGCCGGUGGGCCUCCUCCCACCAGGGGAGGUGGGGGAGGAGCACUGGGAGCUAUUGCCAAGGAUGGAAGAGGAGGAGUAAAGACAAUGGAGGUGGAGCUGAGGAGGAGGUCGGGAGAAGGCUUUGGAUUCGUCAUCGCCUCUCAGGAAGUGACCAACGGGGCUGACCAUGUUCAGAUUCUGAUAAACUGUAGACCUGACGCGUCUCCCUCCUGGGUUUGGUCCUCCAGCGACAUCCUGGUCUACAUCAACGCGAGCUGUGGGUUGGGGCUCCGCUCUCAUAAGAGUGUGGAGAUGCUUGAAGUCGUGCCGAUGGGCCAGAGUGUGGACGUGGGCCAACACCCCGCCCUCCUACGCUGCUCCAAUGACGAACGGGCUGACGAGCCACCAACCCCCACUUCCUCUGACCCCCCACUGGGUUCACCACCCCUUCCAGAGAAGGACAAAUCAGUCGCCAUCACAGCGACUCUGAGGGCGGCCUGUCCACGCUGGAACACAAGCCCAAAUGAAGCCCACCUCGAACUCUCCUUCGAUCUGAACAAUCUGAAGAUUGGGGCAGUUAUUCUGGGGUCGUGGAACCAGGGUACUGUCUUCUCUGAUUCCACUACACAGCAGCACUCUCUCUCUCCUCCCCGCCCGCAUUCUCAUCCCCUCCCCCUCCUUCACCAUCCGAGUCCGUCCGUCUUCAGAGCGCGACUGUCCACGCGACCUCCCCACACUCCUCAUCCUCCCACACUCUGUCCAAACUGCAACUCUCUCACAGCCGAGAUGGGCCUCCUCCGAACUCCACCACCACCACCAUCGCCCACCACGCUAACAACCACCGCAUCACCUCCGCCCCCCAUCACAGACCCCUUCCCCGUCACCAUCCCCCACACCCUCCUGGCGCUCCUGUGCUUCGCCCGCCAAAUGGCCACAACAAUCGGCCUCGCCCGCCCCCCCCUUACCCCACCGAGACGUACCAUCCUGCGGCUUUAUGGCGGUCCAUCUCACAAGCGCCUCCCCGCCUCCCGCGGAAACCCAGGGGCUGGCGCUCCCCUCGGGGCAGGGUCGCCCGGUAGCUCCUAUGGGGGAACUUUACCGGUGGCCCUCGUGUCUCAAUCGAGAGUGGGGGGGGUGGGGUUCAGUGUGACAGGUGGGGGCGAAAGGAUGUCCAUGAGUUCCCAGUCGUCACCCCGCAACCUCUACAACCCCUCCCUCCCCACAUGGCCUGGCCACCCCUUCUUUCCUCCAACCCCGCGACUCACCGCAGGCGGCUUGGUCCGGAGAGCCCCCAGGAGGGGCACCAACCAGCACCGUAACCACCAAGGUAACUGCCCUGCCACGCCCCCGAUCGAGUCCGCAGGUCUCCCAUCCUCCUCCUCCUCGUCAUCCUGUCCUCCUCCUCGCAUCCUGCCUCUAUCAGCAACUCCUCUGGUUUUCCGGGGCCUUCCGUUCCGCAGGGCGUCUAACGGGCCCCCAGCCUCGGCCCUCAUCAAGAGCACCAGCUUCCUGUACUCAGUUCCUGUGACGCUAACCUUAGAGCCACGUGAUUUCUGGAGUGGCAGAGAGAGCGCUCGGUGGCCUCCUCCCACCUGGGAGGUGGGAGGCGCACUGGGAUCUAUUGCCAAGGAUGGAAGAGGAUGA